AUGAACUCAGAGAUACCUCUGUUAAGAGUCUUGGUGGCUUCGUUAGCACCCUUCUUGAGUUGCUUGUAGUGGGAUGCCUGUUGAACAAGAUCCAAAAUGGUGUUGGUCAAGCUAGCAUCAGCGAGAGGGAAAGCCUUGGGGUUCACGGGGGCAGACUAUAGACGCAAUAGUUAGUUAGAGAAGUGUUGAUCUAGCAGCAAGAAGGUAAAUGCAUGCCUACCAUUAUGGCAAAACGUUCAAAGUGGCGAUAAGAAGGUUGAGUUGUGAAAGAAAAAUGUUGACGCUGCAAGGAAAGAAAAAAAGUUUGCCAACGGAAAAGCCAGUCACGAAUUUCGAAAAAUGAAACCACAAAGACUGCCCUGCACUGUCCGUCCGUCCGUCCACCCAACAAUGGCUGCCAAUUCAAGAGAAAAACUAUAUACUACUUCCAAGGGCUAUGGAUUUACUCCUGCCUUGCAGCGUACUAGAAAGCCAUUUCAAGCCCGUAACCUAUUGACUCUUGGUGCUUUGUUGACUUUUGUCGGUGGAGUUUAUUCAUACUCGAUUAUGGCUGUUAAGCAAGACGACUUUAGCGACGUACCCCUUCCCAAUACUGUUGCCGGCGUCACCUCCGUUGUGGAUGAUAAGAAAUAAUAUCUUCACUGUAUAUAUUGAUAAAUGAUUCGUACCAAAGAACAACAUAUACCGGCCCGCCGUGUAGUAGAAAAAAUUAAAACAAUAAACAUGUAUCAGUAGGGUUUGCUAUUGGAGCA